CUUUGAUUACCCAGCGCCCCUCUUGCGGAAGUAAGGCAAAGUUCACCCUGAUAGCUGUUAACACUCUAGUCGUUACCCUGCUGUCUUCACAUACUACCAGCACAGUUUUGAAUCUGGACACAAAGUUAAAAUCCAGAACUACUUCAUCAUGUCUGUGCCUUUAGUUUUCGACGGGAAAGUUGUUAUUGUCACUGGGGCCGGUGGAGGACUUGGGAGAGAAUAUGCAUUGGCUUUUGGCGUGAGGGGUGCCUCAGUAGUUGUUAAUGACCUCGGAGGAGAUAUUAAAGGGGGAGGGAAGAGCUCCAAUGCUGCUGAUAAAGUUGUGGAAGAGAUAAAAGCCAAGGGAGGCAAAGCAGUGGCUAACUAUGAUUCUGUAGAAGAUGGUGAGAAAUUGAUCCAGACUGCCCUGGAUGCUUUUGGGCGAAUAGAUAUUGUUGUUAAUAAUGCUGGGAUACUUCGGGAUCGUUCCUUUGGCAGAACGAGUGAUUUGGAUUGGGACCUCAUCCAUAGAGUCCACCUGAGAGGGUCCUUCAUGGUCACUAGAGCUGCCUGGAACCACAUGAAGAAGCAGAAGUUUGGGAGGAUCAUCAUGACUUCAUCGGCUGCUGGCAUCUAUGGCAAUUUUGGGCAGGCGAACUAUAGCGCGGCGAAGCUGGGUCUGCUGGGAUUGGCCAACACCCUAGCCAUCGAGGGCCAAAAGUACAACAUCCACUGCAACACCAUCGCCCCGACCGCAGGCUCGCGACUCACAGAGACUGUUAUGCCCCCAGUUCUGUGUGAGUCCUUGAAAGCAGAAUACGUGGCGCCCCUAGUUCUGUGGCUGUCUCAUGACCAGUGUCAGGAAAAUGGAGGCCUGUUCGAGGUUGGUGCUGGCUGGAUUGGAAAAUUGCGCUGGGAGCGUUCCCAGGGCCGCAUUGUGAGGAAGAAGAACCAGGGCAUGUUUCCUGAGACUGUACGAGACCAGUGGGACAACAUUUGUGACUUCACCAAUGCCACCAAACCUGCCAACAUCAAUGAGUCCGUGGCCACAUUGGUGGAGGUGCUGUCAAGAGUGGAGACUGAUGAGGGUAUUGCCCCCAACCCCACCAGCGCUAUGGCCACUGCUGCAUCUGGGAUCAGUCCUCUGGAGGCGGUGGGACAGAAGCUUCCGGAGUCGACCUUCAGCUACUCCCAAACUCAGUGCAUCCUGUACGCCCUAGGAGUGGGCAUGUCCACCAAGGAUGACGACCACCUCAAGUUCCUGUACGAGGGCCACGAGGACUUUAGCUGUCUGCCCACCUUCGGGGUCAUCCCCUCCCAGGCAGCCAUGAUGGACGGAGGGCUAGGUUCCGUGCCUGGACUCAACUUUGACUUCACCAGGUUGUUGCAUGGAGAGCAGUAUCUGGAGCUUUUCAAACCAUUACCCACCUCCGGAACACUGACGUCUCAGGCUAGAAUCGCAGAUGUGUUGGACAAAGGAUCUGGUGCAGUCAUUCUCCUGGAUGUCCACACGUACAGUGGUAAAGAGCUGUUGUGUUACAACCAGUACUCUCUAUUCAUCGUGGGGGCUGGUGGCUUUGGAGGAAAGAGAACAUCUGAUAAAGCAAUGAGCACAGUAGCGCAUCCAAACCGAACUCCUGAUGCUGUGAUGACUGACACCACAACAAGGGACCAGGCUGCCUUGUAUCGUCUGAGUGGGGACUGGAACCCCCUCCACAUAGACCCCAGCUUUGCAGCAAUGGGAGGAUUCAAAUCCCCUAUUCUGCAUGGCCUGUGCUCCUUUGGGUUUGCGGCUAGGCAUGUGCUGAAGCAGUAUGCCAACAACGAUGCCUCCAGAUUCAAGUCCAUCAAGGUUCGCUUUGUAAAGCCAGUGCUACCAGGCCAGUCUCUACAGACUGAGAUGUGGAAAGAAGGAAACCGAAUUCACAUUCAGUGCAAAGUCAAAGAGAGCGGUGCUGUGGUUUUGUCAGGUGCCUAUGUGGACUUGCAUGCUGCUGCAGAUGGCUCCCCACAAAUUCUUCCUGAGGCAGGGGGACUCAAGAGUGAGCUGGUGUUUGCUGAGAUUGGCCGUCGUAUUAAGGACCUAGGGGCUGAGAUGGUGAAGAAGGUCAAUGCAGUGUUUGGCUGGGAGAUCACCAAGGGGGGAAACAUUGCAGCCCAGUGGACCAUUGAUUUGAAAACUGGAGCUGGCGCCUUGCACAAGGGCCCAUACAGUGGCAAAACCGAUGUGACCAUCACUGUAUCUGAUGAUGACUUCAUGGAAGUAGUGCAGGGAAAACUCAACCCUCAGAAGGCGUUCUUUGCAGGCAAGCUGAAAGUGCGAGGGAACAUCAUGCUGAGCCAGAAGCUGGAGGUGAUCCUUAAAGACUAUGCUAAACUGUGAGGUUGAGCGAAAGGAGAAACACUGUUGUCUAACAUGUUUGUUUCACCUGAGGUAGCAGAAGUCACGUCAUUGUUUUAACACCAUCCACAGAGCCAAUAAAUCAGCACAAUGUUAUUUUCUUUUUUUUCCAAAUUGCACCUCUUCGACCUGGAUUUCAAUGCAUCAUAUCCGGUGAAAUAACCUAAAUGAGAGUUAAAAUGUUAUUUCAACAAGUAGCCACAUUACACUGAGUGUUAGCUGGGAUCGUGAUUUUUACUUUGACGCUGAUGAAAUGUAUAGGGACGUUUAUUAAACAGCUUUGAUGGUUAAGAUAGUGCUGAAUGUCAAGUCAGAUGAUGGGGCCAAUAAAUUACUGGGACAAACUGUACAUGAACAAUAUACUAUAGUGUUAACUGGGGAUGCUUGCUGUAUUCCAGGGCAAUGAAAAGGCUAGCAGAAUUUGUCUGCUGUGAUCCAUCUUUUCACUAAAAUUGCAUUUGUGCUCCCAGAUUAGGCAUAGUUUAAGUGUCCUGACUUCCCUAAAAUCCAAUGUAACCCACAUUAACAAGUGUUGGCUUGGUGUAACAUGCUACACUAAUUUCUAAUAAAUCUUACGCACUUUCA